GCCGACGCGAAAACGACAGCCUACCUGGAAAUCCGACCCCUUCCGGCGACUGCGAGACCCACUCGUCUCCUCCCCAACCGGCCGCUUCCGCCCGACGCCGUCGCCAUCCGCAAACUCCCAAACGCAUCGCCGUCGCCGGAAAGCAACAUGCCACCUCCUCCUCGUCUCCUCGUGCUCCUCCUCCUCGUCUUCUCGUGCUCCUCCUCCUCGUCCACUCCACUCCCGAUUCCCCGCACCGUGUCCCAAACCAAACCCCCAGACGCGAGCCGUGCCUCUACCAGCCAUGGCCCCAGCCGACACUGGAGACUACCUCCUAGACGAGGAUGACGACGAUUUCUUCGCGGAGUUCAAUCCCCAGCCCUACCGCGGCGGCUACGACCUCGCCGCUACCUACGGCUCCCCUCUCCCGCCCUCGGCCAACAUUUGCUAUCCCGUCUCCUCCUCCGCCCCCGAUCUUCCCCCUCCGCCUUCGCCUACAAUGGAGCCGGUGGAUCCUCCACCGCAGGAGCCUUCUUACGACGGGGAGGAAGCCCCGCGGGAGCCGGUGCACGAAUCGGCGGAGGUGUUCCGGGACGGGGCAGGGAGGGAAGGGAAGUUGCGGAGGGGCCGGUGGUGCAGGCGCGGCCUCUGGAGGAAGUGCGUGCGGGUGUUGGAUUACCUGUUCGGCUACUCGGAUCCGUACGCGGAACGGCGGAUCGAGGUGGACAGCUACGUUGUUCCGGUUUACGCGAACAGGAAGGAAUGUGGAGAGGAUGCCUUGGCGGUGGAAGUGGAGGUGGCGCCAACGGCCGUUGGGAGGGUGGAGGCGCACGAUGCCAGUGAGGAACUUGUUCAGAGCAAUAAUGACUUAUCUUUGCAUAAUAAUUACAGAGAGGAGGCCAAUACUUAUAGCCAACCCAUGUAUAAUUCAUAUUGUUGGCCCUCUUCUGCGCAAUCUUGUAGUCUUCCUUGUGUUUUGGACAACCCUGAUUGGUUCCCUUAUUUCAGCUCCUCAGAGUUUCAUCACGUAGAGGAAUCUCAGGACAAGCACAGGAUGUUCCAUCAACCUAUUCAUUGUUAUCACCAGCACUGCUAUGAACAACUAGCAAGUGUCCAGGCUGUGGCCAUGGAAUCAGUUUCUUCUCAAAAGUUGGAAUAUUAUGAGGAUUUUUCAUCAUAUUGUGACCAAAGCGAUAUCUGUAUUUUGGAAACUCCAGCACAUCAGUACAAGAUUCAGUCAUAUACGCAGAUCUCUGAUGUUCCACUUGAACCUUAUAAGCCAUCAUGGUCUCAGAAUUUGGGCUUCUAUCAUGCCUAUACACAAGGGGAUUAUCUUGAAUACGAUACACAUUCUCUAAUAUCUGAUGAAUAUGGAGACACUGGGAGCUUGUUCGUUUCCCCUUUCUAUCCUCGAGAGGCAGAAAUUUUUGAGCAGACCCAUAAUGAUGAGAUUGUAUCUUUUCAGCAAAAUUACCAUAAUUUAAGCUAUUGGAACAUGCCCAUGCAUGAUGUUUCUCUAAUUACUAAACCGGCUCAUGAUUUCUACAAUAUCAAUGAUUCUUUGUGGCCUUUUGGGGAGCAUUCGACCUACAGUGUCUAGUUCACGUUAUUGUAAUGUUACGAUUACUUGUACUAACUGCAAAUGUCAUGGAUACUCAGCAAAAUUCUAAAUAAAUAUUUAUGUACGAUUAAGAGAAUAUGUAUCUAACUUCAUAAAUACCGAAGCAAAUGUUCACUUCAUGAGUUAGUGAAAUUUCAUUUGUUCUCUUUGUGUAUCUGUUUGUAGCAGCUAAAUUUGAUGGCUGAAUUAUUCGUAAUUCGUAAUAAAAGUAAUUCCAAGACUUGCUUGGAGGAUAAAUGCUUGAGCUCAAUGUCUGGUUUGUAUUCUGAAAAUAGAUGAGCUCAAUGACUCUCUUUCAGUGCUAUCCUGUGUGAUACAUGAAUAAUUAUAUCACACACCGUUUUGUCUUUAUUGUGUUCAAAUACAAUAACUAUUAUAGAAGGUUCCAAAUUUUUGAGGAAUAGUCUCACAGGCCACCUUCGGACAUUGGGUCGGAGACUUUUGCGGCUACCGCAAACUAACAAAGCUUAUGAUUGUCGUGAAUCUAUCGU